GUGCGGCUGCCGAAGGAGGUGGUGGUGGGCAGGCAGGGAGGAGGAGGCGGUGGUGGAGGUACGGCGGCGGCAAACAACAUCGUGCCCGUGCGGCCCUCGGCACUUCAGGCUCCGCUAUCCGAGCCACUGGACCCCGACUCCACUCCGCUGCUGCAGGUGGGGGAAUGAAGGUGAGCACCGAAUGCGGCCGCCAGCUGCUAGCGCGCCGAGUGCUGCACUGCACAAACGCGUACGGCUCCUCCCUCCUCCCCGAGCUACGAACCGCACUGGUGCCCGUACGGAAUCACGUGGCAGCUACCAAGGCGCCGUACGAAAGCCUCCGCCGUACGACAUCACCAACGGCAUCGACCGCCAACGGUUACAACGGUAAUAACGGUCUGCUUCUGCCAUCGGAACCUCCGCCGGGUGCAUUCAACUUGGACGCAGCGUUCUACGCGCGUGGCGGCUACGUGUAUUGGUCUCGGAGGGAGGACGGGAGGGUGGUGGUGGGCGGUUUCAGGGAUGUGGUGCCGGGGGUGGAAUGGGGUGUGUACGACGAUGCGACUCUGGACGAGCGGGUACGACAGGAGCUGCAUGCCUACCUCCCGCGACACUUCCCGCAUGUGUUCGGUACGGCCACUGCUUCCGCUGCUACUGCUACUAGCAGUAGCAGCGGAAGCAACCACCACAGCGUCAGUAACGGCAGUAGCAGCAACGGCAGCAGCAGUCGCGCCGCCCCCGGUCUGCAGUUCGAGGCGGAGUGGAGCGGUAUCCUGGGAUUCACGCAGGACCGCUUCCCCUUCGUGGGUCCGGUGCCGGGUCGGCGGGGGCAGUUCCUGGCUGCGGGUUUCAGCGGUCACGGCAUGACGCGGACCUUCAGCUGCGGGCGUGUGCUUGCGGGUAUGAUUGCGGGGGAGCCCCCCGACCCGCACUUCCCCGCCGCCUGGCUGCCGGCGCCCGGGAGGUUCGGGCCCGCGGAGCCGGAGGUGCUGGGGCCGGAGGCGGCAGCGGGCGCAGUGUAUGUGGGAGGAGGGCGGGGGUGGUGAGGAGGGUGAGGAGGCUGGGAGGGAGGAGGGAGGGAGGAGGGAGGAGGGAGGUUGGGGCAAUGUAAGUCAUUAGCGUGUUCAGCGUGAGGUGAAGCGUGAACGCGUAUGGAGGGGUGCGGUGGGGGAACCGCAGUGCGUGCUGCUGAUGCUGCUGCUGCUGGGACGACGAGGCGGCCCCGGGAGCCUCCAGUUCAGGUGCUACAUACCAUGUACAUAAGUUAGGUGCUGCGUACCGUGUACGGAGGUUAGGUGCUGCGUACCGUUUUAGCGCUGGGAGGGAGGUAACGUAGCGAGUGUGUAGCUAGCAGAUGGCAGGGAAUCUGCCGGUGACUUUUUUUCUUCUAAUGAUGCAUCAUGUGGUUCUUGCGGCAAGGUUGAAGUGGCGUUGCUGGAAGACUGAAGCGACUGAGCCCCUGCCCUUGUGUUCCACCGGACAGUGAGUCGAGUGGGGUCCGGCGCCACGUGUGUAGCUAUCUGAUUACCGUAACGUACUUAAAUGGAUAUUGUUGCUGCGUGUUUAACCCCUUUGCAUGUCUUUCACCUUUGCAUCAUCGUCUUUACAUCCCUCCAGUUUAGCUAGUUAUACCUUUCACAGUGUCUUUUGCUCCUUAGCUGCAUACAUGUAUCCGCCAUUCUCCGGGGUUGGCACCCUGAUGUGGCGCAUGGUUUGUAGCUGCGCUGCGUAGUAGUGUGGUGCUAGGGAGGUGUAUGUUGCAAUAGGGUGUUUGACGGAUUGGAGUAGUUGAGCUGGUUUUGCUAGCUGCAAUCAAGGCACUACUGAUUACUCUAAUGGCUGACCUGUAGGGCGUUUUAGGGAGGUACAGGCUACGAAAUGAUACAGUGAAGUAUGGAAACUUUGCUUACUUGCCGUAGAGCUUGCAAGGGGUCCUGCUCCAUGGCUGCAAGCAUGUACUGUUGUCGCAUUGUAAGCAAGUAGUUGGUG